CUGGAGGCCACUCCCUCUGCUCAGUGCCCAGCCUUUUCCACAGAAACGAAAGUCAGUUCUGCCUCCAACUUGACUGUAGGAGAAUAGAACAGUGAGUGAUCCAAAAUGGCAGAAGCCAGUGUUGUAUGGGGCCAAGACCAUUUUAGCUGUCCAAUCUGUCUUGAACUUCUAAAGGAUCCUGUGACUAUACACUGUGGCCACAGUUUCUGUAUGGACUGUAUCGCAGGCUGCUGGGAUCAGGAAGAGCUGAAGGGAGUCUAUAGCUGCCCACAGUGCAGACAGACCUACACCAGACCAGUGCUGGGCAGGAACACAAUGCUGGCUGAAGUGGUGGACAAACUGAAGAUCAUGGGACUCCAGGCUAUUCCUCCUGCUCAGUGUUAUGCUGGACCUGGAGAUGUGGAGUGUGACGUGUGCGUUGGGAGAAAACGAAAGGCAGUCAAGUCCUGUCUGGUGUGUCUGUCCUCUUACUGUGAAACUCACCUCAGAGUUCACAAUGAUCUCAACCCAGGGAAGAAACACAAAGUGGUUGAUGCUGCUGCUAAACUAGAAGAUCUGAUCUGCUCUCGUCAUGAUAAACUACUGGAGGUCUUCUGCCGCACUGAUCAGACAUGCAUAUGUUUCCUGUGUGUCAUGGAUGAACACAGAGGACAUGAUACAGUUUCAGCUGCGGCCGAGCGAAUUGAAAAACAGAAACAGUUGGAGGAGAGCUGCAGAAAAACCCAGCAGACAAUCCAAGAAAGACAUAAGCACCUGCAGCAGAUGAGAGAGGCCAUUAAGUCUCUUAAGCACUCUGCUCAGGCAGCAGUGGAGGACUGUGAGAGGAUCUUUACUGAAAUGAUCCGCUCCAUUGAGAGAAGACACUCUGAGGUGACACAGCUGAUUAGAGAUCAGGAGAAGGCUGAAGUGAGUCGAGCUGAAGAACUCAUGGAGAAACUGGAGCGGGAGAUUGCUGAGCUGAAUAAGAGAGAUGCUGAGCUGGAGCAGCUUUCACAAACAGAGGAUCAUACAAGCUUUCUCCGGAGUUUUCAGUCUCUGUGUUCCUUCACUGACCCAGAGGAUUCAUCAUCCAACCUCAGUUUCUGUUCAGAUGUGUCAUUUGAAGAAGUGACGGGAAAUGUGUCUCAGUUGAAAGAUAAAGUAGAAGAUGUACUUAAGCAUGGAGUAGAACAGAUUUCAAUGAGAGCAAAAGCCAUACAAAUAUCCUCUACCCAUGAGCUCUUGACCAGACAAGACUUCUUAAAAUACUUGUGUCAACUCAAUCUAGAUCCCAACACAGCACAACCAUAUCUUCAUUUGUCUGAUAGUAAUAAGGAAGUUAUUCUUAAAAGGACGAAGCAAUCAUAUCCUGACAAUCCAGAGAGAUUUGACGAUUAUGAACAGGUGCUGUGUAAGGAGGCUGUGACUGGAAGAUGUUACUGGGAGGUGGAGUGGAGCCCAAAAUGGGGAGGUUCUGUAGCAGUAUCCUACAAAGAGAUCUGCAGGAAGGGACAAAACAAACAGGUUCCGUUUGGGUACAAUAAACACUCUUGGAGUAUAGACUACCCUUUCGAUGCAUGCUCUUUCAUACACAAUGGAGAGUGGAUUAGACUCAAUGUUACUCCCAGCAGAAUGAUUGGAGUGUAUGUGGAUCACAAAGCUGGAAUUCUGUCUUUUUACGGCAUCAGUGGUGACAAAAUGACCCUCCUGCACAAAGUCCAGACCACAUUCACUCAACCGCUUUAUCCUGGUUUUUGUAUCAGAUAUUAUGACAGAAAAGUGAAGCUAUGCCAUUAGCUAUGCCAUUUUGUUUGGAUGUCAUCAGGGGUGAUGAGUCUUUUCCAUACAUACUGGAUAGACCCAAACAUUACCUCACUAUGUGGCUUCAUUUCAGACCCUGACUUGCCUUCGCAAUCACCUGUCUCAGUCAAAUGCACGUUGAUUUGGUUCAGACAUGUAUUUGUUGUCAAAUAAAGCAGGACUACGCAUAAUAAAAACAUCAUCAUUUCUAAGGAUACAAGCUCUUUCAGAAUUCCCCGGCACCCCAGUUAUGUUUUGGUAUUUUUUGAGAUCGGCUCACAUUCAUGUUUAUUCAUUUUUAAUUAUCUGAUUCAUUAUGGUCUGUAUAUCAUGUCUAAUGCAUUCAUAAUUUGUCAUUUGUACAUCCUGAAGAUAGUGCACUUCAUAAACCGGACUUUGUUGUAUAGGUGUUUGGUGUUUUAAUGUAUACUGUACAUAUCAGAAUCAACAAAUAUGUCCUGUUUGGCUUGUCAUAUGAUAAUGGGUGUGGAGGAGCAGUGGUAAUGUUACUGUCUGACAAUUGCAGUUCUAGCCUAUUGCGAGUCCAUGUCAUAGAUAGGCUAGAUAGAGGUAUCUGCUAUAAAUACCAGUCAACUUUAACUUUCUAACACAAAUGUAAUAUUUUUUUGUUGUUUUUUGGUCCAAGCCCUAAUGAAACAAACUGUGAAAAAAGUUGUUUAUUUUUUGUGAGAGAAAUCAUGAAAAAAUACUGGCCUCACUUUCAUCUGGGUUUAUGCAUUUAAAGAUGUAAGCUAUGUGUUCAGGAGAGAGCCUGAACACUGGUGGUUAUAAUGAGGUAUAAUGACCCUAAUAAGAUUUGAUAUUGUAGGCCCAUUUCAGUAAGGAUUGAUUUAUGUAAAGCCCUGCAGUUUCAAUGUCCACAUGAUAACAUGAGUAGUCUCACGAUCAGAGUAUGUGAUUAUGUUGAAUAACUAUUGUUUUUUUUUUACAUUUGUGGUUGUUUGAUUUCAUCAGUGACAGUUCCACCAAUGGCCACUAGAGGGAAGCAACUUAUUACUGUUCAGCAAAAAAGCCUUUUGGUUCUGAGGGCAAAACUUUGUAUUUGGAGAUCAUGUACUGUAUGCAAAACGACAAAUGUUAUUGUCCCAUUCAGUACUAAAAUUCAGAAAAUAUUGAAUUGCUUGAAAUUGAUUGAAAUACAUAAAGUGAAAUUAUGAAUGCUAAAAAAGUAAGUAAGUAAGUCUAUUAUGCUUAUAUUCUUACAACCAUUUUUUUCUCUUUUUCUAGAUUGGUUCUCCUGUUUGUUAUGAUUUUAAAUCUGUAUGUGAACUCAGAAUAAGCUCACAGAGAAAAAAAGAGGUGCUGAAGACUGGCUUCAUACAAAUAAAAUGCAUUAUUAUAAUCUU